UCUCUCUCUCUCUCUCUCUCUCUCUCUCUCUCUCUCUCUCAAAGUUUUAUAGUUUGUGCAUUAUAUUGUCUUCUUCCUAAUUCUCCCCCAUUGUUUGUUCAAGGAUAUCUUCCUCAAAACCACAACCUUGUCGCUCUCUAAGAGCAACCAUGGAUGAUCAAAGAGCCUUGACAACCAAAUCAAGUAGGACUAAAUCCAUUAGAGCUGGCAUGCGUGUUUUGGUUGUAGAUGAUGAUGCAAAGAGUCUAAAUAUUGUCGCAGUAAUGCUACAAGCACUCCAAUAUGAAGCUUUCCCUGUUAAACAUGUAUCUGAUGCUUUGGCCAUUCUUCGAGAAAGAGAAGGAGGAUUUGAUAUCAUUCUAACGGUUCUUCACAUACCUGAGAUGGAUGGAAUUGGCCUCCUUGAGCAUGUUGAGGCUGAAUUUAAGAUACCAGUUGUCAUGAUGUCUGUCAAUGAUGAUGAGGUUGUUGCAUCAAGAUGUUUGGAAAUUGGCGCUUCAUUUUAUCUUAUAAAACCUUUAACUAUAAGUGAUCUCAGUAACCUUUGGCAAUAUGUAUACCUAAAGAGACGCUAUGAAAGAAUGGUAAUGAAGGAGAUAGGUAGUGUUUCAGAAAUAUCAAGACCCAAAAAGGUGUCAAAGAGAGAUGUUGAGUGUGCCAACAAGGUAUCAAAGGGAGAUACUGAAUGUGCCAAUAAGGUAUCAAAGGGAGAUACUGAGUGUGCCAACAAGGAAUCAAAGAGAGAUAUUGAGUGUGCCAACAAGGAAUCAAAGGGAAAUACUGAGUGUGCCAACAAGGAAUCAAAGAGAGAUACUGAGUGUGCAUCUUCUGUUAAUGAAAGCAGUUGGAGACAAGAAUCAAGGAAAAAAUAUUCCAUGAAAAAAAAUCAAAACAAGGGGGGAAGCAAAGAAAAUAGUAUGUUAAGGGUGGUCUGGACUACUGAGCUACACAAUAAGUUUUUGGAUGCCAUCGACGAAAUAGGUCUUCAUCGAGCUGUUCCAAUGAAAAUACUUGAGGUAAUGAAUACCCCUGGAAUAACUAAAGAAAAUGUUGCGAGUCAUUUACAGAAAUAUCGCAUAUUUUUGAAACGAAUCAAGCAAGCAAGUGAAUCUUGUGAACCAAGUGUUCUUAAGUCAAUGAAACAUAAAGCUCUUAAAUCAAGUUUUGCAUAUGGACAUCCUUCUGUGUCUGCAUUGCUCAGUUUGGAACAAGUAUUUUCUUGCAACUUCAAGCAACAAAGGUGCUCCACCUCCCAACUAGGAGAUGAAAAUUCCCUAUCAAAAAGAAACCCAAAAAAGAUGAAGCAACCUUUGCUUGAAAAGAUAUCGUAUAUUAAUCAACAAAAUGACAAUACAUCUUCAUCUUCCCAAAUGGAAACACCUAACAUCAUAGUAGGAUCAUCGUUGUGUGGUGGUAGUCCAACUACUCUUGCAAGCAAUACAGACACAUUGCCAAUGAUCCAUAAGGAACUUCAGGCAAGAACUGGGGAUUUUACCAGUGGCUCACUUGAUCAUAGCUUGAACACCACUAGAUUUCCUAGUGACAACAUUCAAAAUGUCAGAAGCACGCGAUCCUUCAACAAUCUUAACCAAGGUCCAAGCCUUUGCUAUGCCAAUAAUGGUUUGGCUGACAUUCAAAUUAAUAGCAGCACUGCAAAGGUGUCUGGAUUGAACCAGAUGCACACUGGUCAUGAGCUAGCAAAUGGCACCAAUUGUGGCUACAGUAGGAGGGAUGCGAUCCAAAAUGGAAAUAGGCCUCUAGUGGACACUGAGAAAUCUCCUCUUAUUCCUGGAUUUACUUCAUCUCAUUCUGAUUAUGCUUCUCAAGGGUUAACUUCUUCUAGUGGUUUAAUGCCCCGAGGGUUAGCUCCUAUUGGUGGGUUGGUGCCUCAAGGAUCAAUUUCUUCUAGUGGAUUGAACCAGAUGCACAUUGGCCAUGAGCCAGCAAAUGGUACCAAUUGUGGCUACAGUAGGAGGGAUGAGAUCCGAAAUGGAAAAAGGCCUCUAGUAGACACUAGGAAAUUUCUUUCUAUUCCUGGAUUCACUUCAUCCCAUUCUGAUUAUGCUUCUCAAAGGUUAACUUCUUCAAGUGGUUUAAUGCCUCAGAGGCUAGCUCCUACUGGUGGGUUGGUGCCUCAGGGAUCAAUUUCUUCUAGUGGAUUCUCAAGCACUGAUCCAUUUUCACCGAUCCUCACUAAUGUAAGUCAACAACUGCCAUUGUUGCCACCACAACCUCCACCUCCACCAUCACAACAACGACAACAAAAUGAAAUUGGGGUUGGAGAAGAAGUUAAUAGCUUAUUUGAAUUGAUGAAAAAGGAUUCCUCAUUUGAGCCAUCAUUUGAUGAGGGUUAUCUUAGUGAUAUACUGUUCAAGCCAGUAUGUCAAUCACCUAAUCAGCAAGAAGUUUGUGGAGAAGUAGAAAUGGAUCCUGAGUUCAAUAGCAACGGCUGUAACGUGGACGACGACAAUUUAACAAUAUGGAUUCCGUCGUGAUGCAGAUUCUGUUGAAUUUGGCUUUCAUAUAGUCAUUUAGUUUAGAUUUAUACUUAAACAGAUACAUUUAUAUAUGCUUUGAAAGUAGGACAGAGUACCAGUACUUGUAAUUAUUGGGAUUUCCGAAUAUUUGUUCUCUUUCUUCUUCAUUUUCAUGGCUUUUGAAAAUCUAAUAAACCGUGUGUGAUAGCUUUAGCCA